AUUAUAGUUUAGGGUUUUUUCUCGUUUAUAGUCAUUCCUCGGCCUUGUCUUCCCUUAAACCUUCCUCCGCCACCGCUGCCGCCGCCGCAAAACCCUAAGAGGGACAGAAAAUGGCUCAGGAAUCUCUAGUUCUCCGCGGCACAAUGAAGGCCCACACCGACUGGGUGACGGCCAUCGCCGCCCCAAUCGACAACGCCGAAUUUAUCGUCUCCGCCUCCCGCGACAAAUCUCUCAUAGUCUGGUCUCUCACUAAGGACGGCCCGCAAUUUGGCGUCCCACGCCGCCGCCUUACCGGACACGGUCACUUCGUCCAGGACGUGGUUCUCUCCUCCGACGGACAGUUCGCCCUAUCCGGCUCCUGGGACGCCGAACUCCGCCUCUGGGAUCUUCAGCACGGCACCACCGCCCGCCGCUUCGUCGGCCACACUAAGGACGUCCUGUCCGUGGCGUUCUCGAUUGACAACCGCCAGAUCGUCUCCGCUUCCCGGGACCGCUCCAUCAAGCUAUGGAACACCCUGGGUGAAUGCAAGUACACGAUCCAGGAGCAGGACGGGCACUCCGAAUGGGUAUCGUGCGUGCGUUUCAGCCCCAAUAAUCUGCAGCCGACCAUCGUCUCUGCCUCGUGGGAUCGGACGGUAAAAAUCUGGAAUUUGUCAAACUGCAAGCUUCGGUCUACUCUAGCUGGGCACACUGGCUAUGUGAACACUGUUUCUGUGUCGCCCGAUGGCUCUCUUUGCGCUAGCGGAGGCAAGGAUGGAGUGAUCCUGCUCUGGGAUUUGGCUGAGGGCAAGAGGCUUUACUCCCUCGAAGCUGGAUCAAUUAUUCAUUCCCUCUGCUUCAGCCCCAAUAGGUACUGGCUCUGCGCUGCUACGGAGUCUAGCAUUAAGAUUUGGGAUUUGGAGAGCAAGACCAUUGUGGUGGAUCUCAAAGUUGAUCUUAAACAGGAGAGUGAGAUGGCUGCUUCUGCUGAAGGAAAUACUUCUUCCAAGAACAAGGUCAUAUUCUGCACCAGUUUGAGCUGGAGUGCUGAUGGAAGCACUCUUUUCAGUGGAUAUACCGAUGGCGUGAUCAGAGUGUGGGGUAUUGGACGGUAUUAGUGGGCAAAGAUAGGCAAAGAAAAACAUGAUCAAAAUACUGUCAUAGCCCGCAGUGUUGUUUAGAGUCUGAAUGUUGAAGAGAUUUUCAGAUUUUCAUUAUUUGCUGUUUCAAUGUUGGAUAUUUAUUUGUGUUUUUGUACCUGAAGUUUGUACUUAAGAUGCAGUUAUUUUGCCUAAAGUUGAGUUCUAUAAUCCCUU